AUACAGUUAGGGAGAGCGACAGUUAGGGAGAGCGGACGCGCGAGGGGGAAAGGGGUCGGCUUUUCUCGCAAUUAUUUCACAGAAAUUAACAAGUUCACUCUUUUGCUUAUCGAAAUCUGUCUAGGGUUAGGGUUUAUCCUUGCCGCCGGUGAUUCAGCUUGGAAGCUGCCGGCCGAUGGCCGUUUGUAGUGUUUGCUGUGGAGGAGGGCAUGAAACUGGAUUCAGAUUUGCUCUAUUCUCUUCCCUCUUGUAUUAGGUUUUGAUCAUUUUGAAGAGUUUUUAGUCUGAAAGAUUGCGAUGAUGGAGGAGAAUAGGGGCGAUCAAGGGUUGGAAGAACUAUGCGGAUCUGAUGAUCUUGCUUCGUAUUUUCCAGUGAAUGUGGCUAUCUCAACGGAAGUUAAGCCGGGGGUGGCUGCUAAGAAGAGAUGCCCUAGAAUUUUGAGCCUUGAUGAGGAGGAGUUCAUGAGCUUGCUGCAUGGCUCAGAUCCUGUAAAGAUGGAGCUCAAUCGCCUGGAAAAUGAAGUCAAAGACAAAGACCGAGAGCUAGUUGAUGCCCAUGGUGAGAUUAAGAGCUUAAGACUGAUAGAACGAGCAAAAGAUAAGGCUCUUGCAUAGGUUACUGAAGAACUUGAAAAAAUGUCAGGCAAGUUGCAGGCUUUAGAAGCAGCUGUUGAAGAUAAGAACUUAGAAAUCAAGAAAAUUAUUGAAGAGAAGAAGGAAGCACUCUCGGCACAGUUUGCUGCGGAGGCGACUCUGCGCAGAGUUCAUGCUGCCCAGAAAGAUGAGGAAUUACCCCCUUUAGAGGCUAUUCUUUUUCCACUAGAAUCUGAGAUUAAAUUUCUACGACAAGAGCUGACAAAGGUACAGGAUGAUAAUAAGGCUUUAGAGAGAUUAACGAAGUCCAAGGAAGUGGCUCUGUUGGAAGCUGAAAGAGAGGUGAAGCUCGCAAAUGUAAAGGCUGCUUUUGUUGAUGAUUUACUGAACAAAAAUCAAGAACUUAUAAAACAGAACGAUAUAUGCCAGGAAGAAUAUAAAAUACUUGAUAGAAUGCACCGUCAGAAGGUUGCCGAGGUUGAGAAGCUCGGCCAAACUAUUCAUGAACUGGAGGAAGCUCUUCUCUCUGGCGCUGCAGCAGCAAAUGCUGUUCGUGACUAUAAACGACAAGUUAACGAACUAAAAGGGGAAAAGAAAACCCUUGAAAGGACAUUAUCUCGUGUGAUGGUUACAGAGAAUAGAGUUGCUGCAGCAAUUGCUAAUGAAUGGAAAGAUGCUAACGACAAAGUUAUUCCUGCAAAACAAUGGGCUAAAGAACGGCACAUCUUAAUGGGAGAAAUGCAACAACUUCGAGAGAAGCUAACCAUAGCAGAACGUGCUACUAAAGCAGAAGCUCAGCUGAAAGAGAGAUUCCAAUUCCGUUUGAAAGUCGUUGAGGACGGACUAAAAUGCUCUCUUAGAACUGGCAUUGGUAUUGAAUCACGACAUGUUACAAAUGGAGUGACGAGAAGCCUCUCGGUGAGUGGAGCUGAUACCUCUGUUACUCCUUUGUCGUGUGGGAAUUCAAUGCGAAAAUCAUCUCCUGUUGUAAAAUCAAUCCUAAAACAUGCAAAGGGAACAUCCAAGUCAUUUGAUGGAGGUAGAUCAGCAGAAUAUGAUAACUGCACCACUAAAAUUUUUGGUGGUGAAUGCAGCAUCAACUCUUUGAGAGAGGAGAGAGAUGUUUUAUUACUUAAUGAGAAAUCUCCUGAUGCAAAUAAGGAACUUUCUAAUGGAAGAUCGUCGAUUCCUACUGUUUCCUUGGAAGGGGACUUCGUUUCAGGUGUUCUUUAUGAUAUUCUACAGAAGGAGGUGGUUUGCUUAAGAAAUGCUUGUCAUGAGAAGGACCAAAGCUUGAAAGACAAGGAUAAUUCUAUUGAGUCGCUGUCGAAGAAAGUUGAUACGUUGAUUAAGGCAAUGGAGAUAGAAACAAGGAAAUUACGCAGGGAAAAAAGUGCUAUUGAAAAAGAAGUUGCUUCAAUGCGGAUUGAAAUGGAGCAAGAGAAAAAAGCUAGGCGCUUGAAGGGAAUGGUUGCUACUCUUCAGAUCUAAAGGAACCUGCUAGUGCUGUCAAAUCCAAAAUCAAUGCUCACGUUCAGUAGAAAACACUAUCUUUCCUUCUGUAUGAUGUGAGGGAAUUGAUUCCAUAUAUUUUUUGUAUGUAUUGCAUAAUAAAGUUUGCAUCUUUGAUCUGCAAGCAGAACAAGCCUAGCUUUAAACUGGUUCUCUGAAGUC